AUGUUUCCUCACGUGGUCCUCCCCUUCCUGUGCUGUAUGCUGCUCUCCUACCUGAUGCUCCUAUCUCAGGUGCAAGCUCUCGAUUCCCAGGUGAAUAUGCACUCCCAAUACAAUACUUGUCCCCAAGGCUCCUGGGCUUUCAGCUCCAACUGCUAUGCCUUGUUUCAGAUACCACAGACCUGGUUUGAUGCAGAACUGGCCUGCCAGAAGAGGCACGAAGGACACCUCACAUCUGUGCUCAAUGGAGGUGAAGCUUCAUUCCUGUCCUCCAUGGUGAAGAGCACAGGGAAAAGCUACCAAUAUAUUUGGAUUGGGCUCCAUGACCUCAGUUUGCGUGCAGAACCCAAUGGAUGUGGAUGGGAGUGGAGUAACAAUGAUGUGAUGAAUUACUUUAACUGGGAGAGGAAUCCAUGUACUGCCUUAGACCGUAGUUUCUGUGGCAGCUUGUCAGGAGAUUCUGGAUUUCUAAAAUGGAGAGAUAUUCCAUGUGAUAUGAAGUUGCCCUAUGUCUGCAAAUUUACGGAUUAA